GUACAGCGACAUUUCGCGUCGCUUGUUUCUGGCCAACUCUCACCGCUGACGAAGCGCGUCAGUCACAGCUCGCAUACUCGAAGGCGCGUCGUUGACACGUUUAAACACCCACAACACACAAGCAGAACAUCUAGCAUAGCAUUCCACAUGCUUUUUGGUUUUUAUUAGAAAGGAAAACUCGACUGGAACUCGUCCGCAUCACUCCUUCACGUAAAGAAAUGUUUUUUUUUCUUCUUAAAACGAACCGCGUGUUUGACCCCAGUGUGAAUCUGCGGAGCUUGUGUCGCGUGCCGCCGUUUCCCGGGCAGCCCCCACGCUCGCGCCCCGUCGCGGGUGCACUUUGACCCGCUGCGAGGAGCCGCACAUCCGGGCUACAUGUGCGCUACGGUGGGAAGAUGGCGGCCCUGGUCCUCCCGACCGACUGGAUCAAAAACUGGGAAAAAUCGGGCAAAAGCGAGUUCGCGCAGUUGUGCCGAAGCCUCGCAGAUGGACCCAAUGAUGACGUGAUGCUGAGAGAUCUCCAUGCUGCCCUCUAUGACCUCUCCUCGCAUGUACUCCGAGGGACCCUCAAGCUGGAGCUUGCCACUGGCGCCCUGGCUGAUGUUAUGGAAAUGCGAGAGGAUAUGUCAUCCAUUUUAGCUGACGUAUUCUCUGUGUUGGAUAUUGAAACUAGCUGCUUGGAAGAAAAAAACAAGCGUGACCAUUUCACUCAGUUGGUGGGAGCAUGCAUGUUCUUCGUACCUGAUGUGGUCUUGAAGGAGCGGCUGGACCCGGAAACACUGGAGACCCUGGGCCUCAUCAAGCAGGCCCAGCAGUUUAACCAGAAGAUUGUGAAGAUCAAGACUAAGCUGUUUUACAAGCAGCAGAAGUUCAACUUGCUGCGGGAGGAGAAUGAAGGUUACGCCAAGCUCGUCACGGAACUGGGCCAGGACCUGUCGGGCAGCGUCACCAGUCACCUCAUGCUGGAGAGCAUCAAAUCCCUUAUAGGAUGCUUCAAUCUGGACCCCAACCGCGUGCUGGACAUCAUCCUGGAGGUAUAUGAGUGCCGAUCAGACCAAGAUGAGUUCUUCCUCCCGCUCAUCAAAUCCUACAUGUGCGAGCCACAGACCCUCUGCCACAUCCUGGGCUUCAAGUUCAAGUUCCAUCAGGAGCCCAAUGGGGAGACACCCACAUCGCUGUACCAUGUGGCUGCUGCCCUGCUCCAGCACAACCUCAUUGAGCUAGAGGACCUGUAUGUGCACCUGCUGCCCUUGGACUCCACCAUCAUGGAGGAGCACAAGAGUGAGAUCCUGGAGGCAAAACAGAUUGCUCGCAAGCUCACCAUGGUAGUGGUGCCCUCUGAGAAGAGUGAGGACAAGGAGAAAGAGCGGGAGAAGGAGGAGGAAAAAAGCGAAAAGCCUCCUGACAACCAGAAGCUGGGACUGCUUGAGGCCCUCCUGAGAAUAGGGGACUGGAAUCAUGCACAGAGCAUCAUGAACCAGAUGCCCCCCUUCUAUGCCACAUCGCACAAGGCCAUUGCCCUGGCACUGUGCCAGCUGCUGCACCUGACUGUGGAGCCGCUGUACCGCAGAGCGGGGGUCCCUAAGGGCGCCAAGGGUGGUGUGCUGCGAGUGCACUGGAGCAAGAGGGCACCGCAGCCGGCUGAGUCCUUCGAGGAUCUGCGGAGGGAGGCCUUCAGCAUGAUGGGAUAUUUGGGUCCGCACAUGGCCCACGACCCAAUCUUGUUUGCUAAGGUGGUACGCUUGGGCAAAGGCUUCAUGAAGGAGUACCAGAAUGAGAGCAGACCAGAGUACAAGGAGAAAAUGGACACCUUGCUCAGCUGCUUCCUCAGCAUCGCUGACCAGGUGCUACUUCCCUCGCUCUCCCUGAUGGAGUGCAACGCCUGCAUGUCUGAGGAGCUCUGGGGCCUCUUCAAGCUCUUUCCCUACCAGCACAGGUAUCGCCUUUAUGGGCAGUGGAAGAAUGAGACGUACAGCAGCCACCCGCUGCUGGUGAAAGUCAAAGCUCAGACCAUUGACAGAGCCAAAUACAUCAUGAAGAGACUGACGAAGGAGAAUGUGAAGCCCUCCGGACGGCAGAUCGGCAAGCUGAGCCACAGUAACCCCACCAUCCUUUUUGACUAUAUCUUGUCUCAGAUCCAGUGGUACGACAACCUGAUCACGCCUGUGGUGGACUCGCUGAAAUACCUCACCUCGCUUAACUACGACGUGUUGGCGUACUGCAUCAUUGAAGCGCUCGCGAACCCAGAAAAGGAGAAAAUGAAGCACGAUGACACCACCAUAUCCUCCUGGCUGCAGAGUCUGGCCAGCCUCUGUGGUGCCGUUUUCAGGAAGUACCCAAUCGAACUGGCAGGUCUACUGCAGUAUGUGACCAAUCAGCUAAAGGCGGGGAAGAGUUUUGAUCUGCUGAUUCUGAAGGAGGUGGUGCAGAAGAUGGCAGGGAUUGAGAUCACGGACGAGAUGACACUGGAGCAGCUGGAGGCCAUGACUGGGGGAGAGCAGCUUAAAGCUGAGGGUGGCUAUUUCGGACAGAUCCGGAACACCAAGAAGUCGUCGCAGCGCCUGAAGGAGGCGCUGCUGGAGCACGAGCUGGCCCUGCCGCUUUGCCUGCUCAUGGCCCAACAGAGGAACGGCGUAGUCUUCUCUGAGGGUGGUGAGAAACACCUCAAGCUGGUGGGCAAGCUCUAUGACCAGUGUCAUGAUACGCUGGUGCAGUUUGGUGGCUUCCUGGCCUCCAACCUCAGCACAGAGGACUACAUAAAGCGUGUCCCUCCUGUGGACGUCCUCUGUAACCAGUUCCACACGCCUCACGACGCUGCCUUCUUCCUGUCCCGGCCCAUGUACGCUCAUCAGAUCCUGUCGAAGUACGACGAGUUGAAGAAGGCAGAGAAGGGCAACCGGCAGCAGCAGAAGGUGCACAAGUACGUGGCCGCUUGCGAGUAUGUAAUGGCGCCGGUGCACGAGGCCGUUGUGUCCCUCCACCUGCCCAAGGUGUGGGAUGACCUGCGACCCCAGUUCUACGCCACUUUCUGGUCGCUGACCAUGUACGACCUGGCGGUGCCCCACGGUGCCUAUGAUCGUGAGGUCUGCAAGUUGAAGGCACAGAUAAAAGCCAUCGAUGAGAACCCAGAAAUGCCCCUAAACAAGAAGAAGAAGGAGAAGGAGCGCUGCACAGCACUGCAGGAUAAACUGCUGGAGGAGGAGAAGAAGCAGCUGGAGCACGUGCAGAGAGUCCUGCACCGUCUCAAACUGGAGAAGGACAACUGGCUUCUGGCCAAGUCCACCAAGAAUGAGACCAUCACCAAGUUCCUGCAGCUGUGUGUUUUCCCACGCUGCGUCUUCUCGGCCAUUGACGCUGUUUUCUGUGCCCGCUUUGUGGAGCUGGUGCAUCAACAGAAAACAACCAAUUUCUGCACUUUGCUUUGUUAUGACCGGGUUUUCUCAGACAUCAUCUAUACGGUAGCCAGCUGUACAGAAAAUGAGGCACGACGAUAUGGACGUUUCCUGUGCUGCAUGCUGGAGACGGUCACACGGUGGCACAGUGACCGGGCCAUCUACGAGAAGGAAUGUGGCAAUUACCCUGGAUUCCUCACAAUCUUCAGAGCAACCGGCUUUGAUGGUGGCAACAAAGCAGACCAGCUUGACUAUGAGAACUUCAGACACGUUGUUCACAAAUGGCAUUACAAGCUUACAAAAGCAUCAGUACACUGCCUAGAGACGGGCGAGUACACACACAUUCGCAACAUCCUCAUUGUGCUGACCAAGAUCCUGCCAUGCUACCCAAAGGUGCUCAACCUGGGCCAGGCGCUGGAGUGCCGCGUGCACAAGAUCUGCCAGGAAGAGAAGGAGAGGAGGCCUGACCUGUAUGCGCUGGCCAUGGGCUAUUCUGGACAGUUGAAAGGCAGGAAAGUGCACAUGGUCCCUGAAAAUGAGUUCCACCACAAGGAGCCGCCUGUGCGUAGCACCACGCCGGCCAACCUGCAAAAUGGCCCAGGUGGUGCCAGCAAGCCCCCCGCCAGCGCUUCAGGGACUGGCAGAUCCGAGGAGGGUGUUGCUGAGGAUGCAGACAAAUCCAAGGACAAACCCCACGGGACUGUGAAACCGGCCGGCAAAACCAACAACGCGGCGAGCAAAGUCCCCACCAGCAAUGGCAACGGCGCUCCAAACAGCACCAAAGCUGUAAAGGAGAAGGAAGACAAAGAGAAAAGUGGGAAGGAGAAAAAGGAGAAGAAGGAGAAGACACCAGGUGGCACUCCAGAGGUGAAGGCAACAGGCCGAGGGGAGAAGCAGAAGGAGGAGAGACCUGGCAAGGAGGAGAAGGCAAGAGACACCAAGGAGAAAACCCCCAAGGUUGACAAGGAGAAGGUGAAGAAGGAGGAGAAAAUGGCAAGGGAGGAUAAGAGCAAGACAGGCGAUUUCAAGUCUUCCGACAAGGAAUCCUCGAAGGAGCGUGACAUAGCCAAGGCGAACAGCAAGGGAGAGAAGAUCAGCGCUGCUGGGUCCUUGAAGUCUCCUGUUCCCCGGUCUGAGUCGGCUGAGAGUGAGCGGGAACAAAAGCGACGAAAACUUGACAGCCACGCCUCACCGUCGCACUCCUCCACUGUUAAGGACGCUCUCAACGAACUCAAGGAUUCCACCUCAAAGCACUACGCCAACCACAGCACAGCCACUCAGUCCAAAAGCAAAGAGCGGGAGGUGGAUAAGAAAGAGAGUGAGAAACACAGGGAGAGAAAGGAGGACAAGGACAGGAAGGACAGGAAACGAGAUUAUUCAAACAACGAUCGCGAGAUGAGUCAGGAAGUCAAGCGCCGGAAAGACGAAAAUGGGACAGGCUCUUCCAAGCAUGCCAAGAGUGCCAGCCCCUCCGGCUCCCCACAGGCUGACAGCAGUGACAAGAGCAAGAGCUCUAGGUCCUCCGCCAAGGAAAAGGGUGAUGUGGCCAAGGCCGAGAAGAACUCAUCAGGCGGAAAAAAGGAGUCCAGGCAUGACAAAGAGAAAUCUGAUAAGAAGGAAAAGCGUGACAGCACCGGGCCAAAAGACGUCAAAAAACAUCAUAAAUCCUCGGAAAAGCACAGAUAAUGUAUGGUGUUGCAGCCAAAGAAUUCCCUGUUGUGGGCUGCCACUGUCCGGAGAGAGACUUUCACCGAACACACUUGCAGCCAGUCAGCUUCUGUCCUCACUCUGUCCUGUCAGUCUGAAAAGAGAAGCUGUCUCACUUGAAGUACUCUAGCGUCAUUAUUUUUGUUGUCCCACCUUGGAAGGUUCUAGUGUUUUACCAUGCUGUAUGGUUUUCCUACUCUGUAUUUUCAGUAAUCUGCUGAAAGUGUUUUCCGUUAUAAUAUUAGCACAAUGUGCUGCUCACAUGACAAAUGUAAUUUGAGUAAAAACAAGUCUUGAAUAUUCAGAUUUGAUGUCCUCAAACCUGCCUGCUUCUGUUUUCUUAACUGACAAACUUUUUUUUUGAUGUCAAAACUUGAUGUCAAACUUACAUCUGCAUUUACCUCAUUUAGAUUCCUUUUGUAUUUAUUUUUCCUCCUUUUAAUCUGUUUAUGUGAUAUUUA